UGCGGGUAUCUAUUUAUUUAUAUUAGUACUAUACGGAGCAUAUGAAUAGCGUCUUCAUCGUCUUCUUGCUUCCUCCAUUUUUUCCAAGAACUUUCUCUUUCUCUCUCUGAUGGAUUCGAUGGGAUUAGAUUGGAUUCUAAUUAGGUCAAAAAUGGAGAUGAGAUGACGAAGUCAAUUCCCAACCCCCUCUAUUCCUUCUAACCCUUCUUCUUCGUCUCUUCCUUUAAAAUUUCACCCAACCAAGGAUAAUACCACCAUUACUUUUGGGGAUAUACUGGAUUUUCCAUCAAUCAUGAAGCCCAUGCUACCACCGCCAACCGGCGCAUCUGCUAAUCGCCCACGCCGUCGUCCUGACCUAACCCUACCCUUGCCCCAGCGUCAACCCCAAAUUGCCGUCCCUCUCCCUCUCCCACCCUCUUCAGCCCCUAGUUCCACCACCUCGCAACUCAUCUCCAACUCUAAACAGCAGCCCUUCAACAUAUCCGAACUCGACCGUAUGAACAGAAUCGGCAGCGGUAGCGGUGGAACCGUCUAUAAAGUCCUCCACCGCCCUACCGGCCGCCUAUUCGCACUGAAAGUAAUCUACGGCAACCACGAAGACGACGUGCGCCGCCAGAUCUGUCGCGAAAUCGAGAUCUUGCGUGACGUCGAUAACCUCAAUAUCGUCAAGUGUCAUGACAUGUUCGAUCACGGCGGUGAGAUCCAAGUGCUUCUUGAAUACUUGGACGGCGGAUCCCUUGAAGGAACUCACAUCUCCAAUGAAGCCUCUUUAGCCGAUCUCACCCGUCAAGUUCUCUCCGGCAUAUACUACCUCCACCGCCGGAAGAUUGUCCAUCGUGAUAUUAAACCCUCAAAUCUUUUAAUUAAUUCAAAAAAGCAAGUUAAGAUUGCCGAUUUCGGGGUUUCAAGAAUCUUGGCGCAAACGAUGGAUCCUUGCAAUUCGUCUGUAGGUACUAUCGCCUACAUGAGUCCGGAAAGAAUAAACACAGACCUGAAUCACGGCAAAUACGACGGGUACGCCGGAGAUAUUUGGAGCUUAGGUGUAAGCAUUUUGGAAUUUUAUUUGGGCCGUUUUCCGUUCGCCGUAGGGAGACAAGGUGAUUGGGCUAGUCUUAUGUGUGCAAUUUGUAUGGCACAACCACCAGAAGCACCGGCGACGGCGUCUCGUGAAUUUCGAGAUUUUGUGUCAUGCUGUUUGCAAAGAGAUCCAGCGAAGAGGUGGACGGCGGCGCAGUUGUUGCGCCACCCAUUCGUCAGCGGCGGCUCACCAGGAAAUGGGAACCAUACUAGUAAUAAGCAGGUGCAUCCCACCCAUCAACUACUUCCUCCACCUCCUCUUCGUCCACAUUUUUCUUCAUCGUCUUGAUUUUUGUGGUUAUAUUGUAAUCUUUGUCUUGUGUAACAUUCUAAGGGGAGGAUGAAAAAUUUGAUUUUUAGAAACAAA